AUCUCUCAAUCUCUCCACUUUCUCCUCUGUCACUUCGAGCUCUCCUCGAAAAAUAUUCUCUUUCAAUCCAACCCGAAUGUCUUCCUCACUUCCCGGGUCUGACCCAGUUGCAAAUUCUCCGACUUUCGUCUCUGUUCAAUCAGCUGGAGAUGUUCGUAAGAUAAAGUUCUGUCAAUGGUGUGGAGGACCAACGAAGCAUGAGAUACCUGACGGUGAAGAGAAAUUGAGAGCUAUUUGUACACAUUGCGGCAAAAUCGCAUAUCAGAAUCCUAAGAUGGUUGUAGGUUGCCUUAUCGAGCAUGAAGAAAAGGUUUUACUUUGCAAGCGUAACAUUCAACCUUCACACGGUUUAUGGACUCUUCCUGCUGGUUAUCUAGAAGUUGGAGAGUCAGCUGCACAAGGAGCAAUGAGGGAAACUUGGGAAGAAGCAGGAGCCUCUGUGGAAGUCAUUUCACCUUUUGCGCAACUCGAUAUUCCUCUUAUUGGCCAAACGUAUGUUAUAUUCUUAGCCAAACUGAAGAACCUGCAUUUCGCGCCUGGUCCCGAAUCAUUGGAGUGUCGUCUUUUUGCACUAGAUGAGAUACCGUUUGAUUCCUUGGCUUUUUCAUCUAUAUAUGUUACCUUAAAUUUGUACUUGGAAGACCUGAAAAAAGGGAAACUAAAGUUUCACUAUGGUACGAUUAAUAAAAGGCCUGGAAGUAGUCCUUCAGAUAUUCGUGCCUUUAGUCUCGAUUACCAUCUGCAACCGUGACUCGAGUUUACAGAAGCAGCUUCUGUAUUUGCUUUGUUCUUCCAUGUUGAGUCUUGUCAUUUCGCAACUCUUGUUACGAGAAGAAAAGGAAAGAUGAAGUUGCUUAUGUGAGAGAUUCCUUGGACAGAUGAGAAACAACGCCGAAGAAGAUAAUUUGGACAGAGCUUCGUUUUGUCUUUGUGGUGGAGAAAUAGGUUUGGAUGACUUUUAGGUAACUCAUGUCAGAUGUUAUGGCUGAACAAUGUGUAUCUUAUCGGUUUCUGGUUUCAGUUGCCUCAAAUGUAAAAUGAAAACUUCAGAUGUGU